GUCACAACAAGUCUGUAGCUAACAGGGAACUAUUUUCCAACGGGGAGUGGAGGAAUGGAACAUGGUUAGUCUCUGUUUUGUUCUGUUCCAGAUCCUAAAUGACUUCAUUCAGCCUGCUGCCAACCACAGGAGUUCAAACAGAGCUCACACUGCUUCCUUACGAUAGAGCAUCUAGACAGAGAGAGGAGCGAAAGAGGGAAGAGAGAGAGAGUAAGAGGGGAGAAAGGGGCAGUGAGAGAGUGAUAGAGUGGGGGGAGAGAAAAUACAGUUCUCUCAUUUAAAAGAGUCUCUCAUUUGUGCCGGGAGGGAGGCAGACAGUCUUCAGCUCCACAUGGACAAGACCAGCUGAGCCACAGGAGACAAAGGAAGGCGAUUCAGGAGAAAAAAAGAUAAGUCAAGUUUAGAGUUUUAGAGAGAGAGAGAGGAGAGGAGCGAGGGAGAGUGCGAGAGAGAACGACAGACAGAGGGAGCUGUGGAAGUGGCAGUGUACAGCUCAGUUUUUCUCCAGACAGACACAGUGGGAUAGUCCUCUGAAAGUCUCUUCAUCAUGACUACUUCUCUUGAUUCCCAGAGUUUCCUGGACAGUAGUAUGAACCAGACUCCAGUGUCGUCGGAAGGACAGCAGUUCCGCUCUGAAAUGUCUGUCACUACCGCCUCCUGUCAGAGAAUGUUCGGAUCCAUGCCCUCUGUAUCGUCAGGUAGCUCCUUCCCACACACAGACAGCCAAACUCCACCUCCAGUGUGGCUGGAUAGGACUCCUACGUCCCUGUCUUCCCCGUCCCCUUCCCCCUCUCUGUCACCCCUCAGCCUCCCCAAUGCCCACAGCUCUCCCUGGGAGGCCCCGAGGGGCCUGGAGGGGUCUGUGGACCUGAGCCGUGAUGAGAGGAGCAAGGGGUACCAGAGCCAGGGGGAUUUAGCCUCUCUGCUGCUGGGGAAUGGAGGUCUGGGACUGGAGCACAGCCUGUUGAAGGCAGUGGAGGGGCUGGGGGGCCUUGAUUUAGGCCUGAACCUGGGUCUGGACCUGGGGCUUGGAGAGGGCAGACUGGGGGGACUACCACCCCUGCUGCCUGAGAAGAGGGUACCGGGGAUAGGCUUGGGCGGGUCGACGUCCCCCUCGUUCAGUGGGUUCUCCAGCCCACACAGUGGAAGUAGUCUCAGCAUCCCCUUCCCCUCAGCUAUGACCCCUGACCCUCUCAUGACCUCUGACCAUCUCAAAGGACUCAGCGCUGGUGGUGUAGCCAUCUCGCCUGGAUCAGACCUGUUUGCCAGUAAGCAGCACACUGUGAAGUUUGUUCAGGACACAUCCAAGUUCUGGUACAAGCCUGACAUCUCCAGAGAUCAAGCUAUCACUAUGCUGAAGGACAGAGAACCUGGAUCUUUUGUCGUCAGGGACAGUCACUCGUUCCGCGGAGCCUACGGAUUGGCUAUGAAGGUGGCCACACCCCCUCCCUCUGUCCUGACACAGAGCAAGAAAGUGGGAGGGGACCUGUCUAAUGAGCUGGUGAGGCACUUCCUGAUUGAGUGCACUCAGAAAGGGGUACGGCUUAAGGGCUGUCCCAACGAACCCUUCUUUGGAAGUCUGACUGCAUUGGUCUGUCAACAUUCCAUCACCCCCUUGGCCCUGCCCUGCAAACUCAUCAUCCCCGACAGAGAUCCUCUGGAAGAGACUAGUGACCCAUCAACACAGUCAGCCACCAACUCUGCUGCUGAGCUACUCAAACAGGGAGCAGCCUGUAAUGUGUGGUUCCUGGGCUCAGUAGAGCUGGAGUCUCUAACAGGGUACCAGGCUGUGCAGAAGGCAGCCAGCCUGAUUCUGGCCAUGGACCCUCCUUCUACCUCCACUGUGGUCCACUUCAAAGUCUCAGCCCAGGGCAUCACCCUCACCGACAACCAGAGGAAGCUGUUCUUCAGGAGACACUACACUGUCAAUACAGUCAUAUUCUGUGCUCUUGACCCACAGGAACGCAAGUGGACAAGAGAUGGCUGUUCCUCUGCUAAGAUCUUUGGUUUUGUGGCGAGGAAGUCGAUGAAUGGGACGGAGAACGUGUGUCACCUGUUUGCUGAACACGACCCCGAACAACCCGCCAGCGCCAUCGUAAACUUUGUCUCCAAGGAUUCUUUUCCUGCUGUGAGAAACUGCUCCAAUGAGUUCGUGGUGAUUCUACGUACAUGUUGAAUCACCUCUGUUUGAUGACACCUAAUAGACGAUCUUCUGGCCACAGCCAACAUGUGUUAUUAUUGUGUCUUCCAUCCUAGACAAAAACUCAUAUCUGUUGUCCCUUUAAAUAGGUUUUAAAACAUUUGGAAAUAUAUUUAACAUGACGCAUAAUGUUUGAAAGAAGAAUAACUCUGAGAAGACAUGAAAACAUGCAACAUGGUGAUGUGUGCUCUUGAGAUGAGUGUUGUAGCCAUGGUAAGUAUGUGAGGAACACUGCAUCCCAAAUGGCAACCUAUUCCCUAUACUGUAUAGUGCACUAAACACACUGGACACAGAUGUCAGUUUAACGUUUAAUUGUAACAGUGUCAUUAGAUUCAGGUUAAAAGUUGGAUAAGAAAAGAGCGUUGGUGUAUCUGUUCAAUACCAAGCAGUUUUACAUGUUGAGUCGACUUCAUCACAUUUAUUUAUUUUGUUGAAAUGAAUUAGAAACAAUGUUGAUUAAAACAGUUUGUGCCCAGUGGGAAGUAGUGCUCCUCUGGUCAGAGGUAGUGCACUAUAUAGGGAAUCAGGUGGCAGUUGGGAUGCAGCCUAGUGCUAACCGAAGUCUUUUACUUGUCAUUCUGUUGUAGAGUUGAUGGGCUGGGUAGGGAACACUUUUUCAUACUCACAUGUUUCUGUGAUCCAUGUCUCCUACUUUUGCCCCCAAAGCAUAACUUGGGCACUCAAUUGUAAAAAUGUGUAAAUGAAUGUUGUAUAGUUGGUACUGUAACAUUAUCCUCACUAACAUAUUUUUGGAAAAUAAAAAAACAACAGUUAAUGUAUUACAUAUAUACAUUCAUCAUAUAGGGUACGGCCAUAUAAAUAUGUUGUGUUCAGAACUUCUGAAUUGAGCAAAUGUUUUUUCAUCAUCUGUUGACGAUUGUCGGACAGACAAUUGAUGAACGCAUAUAUGGUUUCAUCUGCAGUCAUAUGGUAUAUAUGGUUUCAUCUGCAGCCACACUCUGUGUGGCCAUAGUCUUUUGUGUGUUUUUUCCAGUAGAUGGCGCUGAUCAAUCACAAGAAAAUAAACAAAUGUAGGAUGCC